AUGAGCAGUGUCACCCUUAAUCUCCGCCAGAAACGGUCCAUGAUGCGCCUUCUUAAUCAAGGCCGCUCGAUUCUCGACUACAAAUUCGAUAAAAACGCCUUCGUCAUCCCCCAGUGGAUCUUAGCGCCCCCAGAGGUGCGCAAUGCACUGAACACCCUCCAGUACAGAGCCAUGGUAGCCGUCUACGGCAUGAAGAACCUCAUGAUCGUCCGCGCCAACCGCUACUUCGAGCUAUGCCCAAAGAACACGGGCUCCAAUGCGCCGCCAAAAUCCCCCCGUAACGCCCUGCAUUUCUGUGUCGACUCAAUCGCCUACGGAAAGUUUACCUACGUCUACACCAACAAGAUUGAUGGCUUUAUGUCUGGUCCUUUCCAGAACUGGCGCCAGCUUCGUAUGGAGAUCGGGCACCUGGCUUUUCGUCUCAUGAGCCAUAGACCGCACGAGUACAACGAGUGGCGUGUCUGGUGGGAGGGCAAGUUUGCUGAUGACAUGUGGAAAUGGGAGGUUUGCCUUGAGGGCCUGAUCCUGCCUACCUGGGAGGAGAUCAUCGACGAUGUUUACCUGAUGAUCAACGAUCGAGUUGAGGAUGCCCAAGACCUCGCCAACACGUUCUACAUCAGCACCCCGGCAGUGGCUUCGAAGACUUAG